AUGCCUACAAUCCAAUCUCAAAACCUUGACCGCCUGUUGAUCCAGCACCUUGAGAGCGAAAGAGAGAGAGAGAGAAUGCUGCUCUACAACUCCCUGACAAGGCUCGGCCCCAUUUCUGCCCCAUUCCACCGCGGCACAGAUCAUUAUUGCAUCUUCGACAACCCGUCACACAUGAAGGCGGUGGGGAAGAGUGCACGCGUACGCAGUCCAACACUCUCCUUGGAAAGAGACUUGAGUGAAUGGGGGUUGCAAGUGGAGUACAUCUGCUCUCUCAGCUGGUGGUACACAGGCAACCAUUACCGUUAUCAAAUGCUCCGUCGGUCAGAAAGGAAGGAUUGUAAUGGUCCGUUCGACGUUAACUGGGGCCGUGUUUGUUCCCCACUGGAUUUGAGUCUUAUUCAAGAAUACAAAAUGGCUGGGCGCUAUACACUAUCGUCAGGGAUCUUGGCCGUAUAUAAAAAAUAG